AUGGCCGACGAAAGUGAACCCAAGGUCGAGCUUGACGUCAAGGUCCUUGACGACCAGGACCACGACCAGGAUCUAGCCCGGGGUAUCGAUUUCGUCACUCUGGGCAUGUUCAUCAUCGCCAUCCUUGCCAAUCAGCUAGUGCUGCUUCAUACGGUGACAUUCACAAAAGAGGACGGCAUUGAGAAGCAAUGUCCCCUGGAGAUUGGUGAACUCGUGCCCCUUGGAGUAUCCCAGGCCGCGGUGAUUCAUUCCAACUGUGUUGCGGUCAAGGUUACCGCCACAGCAUCCAUCCCCAACUGUCUGAUGGCGUGCUACAAUCUCUUCGGCUCAACUAACACGUCCCAAGAUGAGAUAGAGUAUUUACCACCGACGCCGCCGGUGAAGGACAUCCUUGGAGGCGCCGGAACAUACUCUGCUCUCGGCGCCCGACUCUUCUCGCCCGCGCCGGAAUCAGCGUCGGUCGGGUGGAUCAUUGACCAGGGUUCGGACUUUCCGGCUGCCUUGACCACGCUCGUUGACACUUGGGAGACUUCGGUUCUCUAUCGCUCUGAUCCGGAACGUCUGACCACACGUGGUUGGAAUGGUUACGAUGAGCACGAGCAUCGGGCUUUCCGUUACAUGACCCCAAAGAAACGCUUAACAGCCGAAGAUCUCACACCGUCACUUUUGGCAUCGCGAUCCUUUCACCUAAUCUGCUCACCGACAAGAUGCAGGGAGCUAGUCACCGAGAUCAAGGAACGGAGGAGUGGUUUGACGACUCCCGAUGGGAGGGGACUUCCUAAACCAAUCUUUAUCUGGGAGCCAGUACCUGAUCUGUGCACCACCGAUGAGUUGCUGAACUGCACCAAUACCUUGCCGCUCAUAGAUGUUUGCAGCCCAAACCAUUCUGAGCUGGCUGGUUUCAUGGGAGAUGAUGGUCUCGAUCCAGAAACGGGCGAGAUCAGUAUGGAGGCUGUUGAACGGUCUUGUGAGCAGCUCCUUGGCUCCAUGCCUUUGCAGUCUUUCUCCUUAGUCGUCAGAGCCGGUGGCAAAGGCUGUUAUCUGGCUAAGAAUGGUGGACGGAAACGAAAAGUCACAUCUACUGGGAAGAGGAAGAAGCCCUCUGCCGCCGUCCAUGGCAGCCUCCAGCCAGACACGGACAUGAUGGCCUUGUUUGCCGGGCUCCUUCAGGACUCUGAAGGCUCAGUGGCUGAAGAAGAGAUAGAGGUCGACCCGGGCAUCGAGAAAUGGAUACCCGCAUAUCAUACAGACAAGGAGAAGGUUGUGGACCCCACAGGUGGCGGAAACACUUUCCUGGGCGGCCUGUCUGUUGCUCUGGCGAGGGGUAAGAGCCUGGAAGAAGCGGCUACAUGGGCCAGUGUUGCUGCUAGCUUUGCGAUUGAGCAGGUGGGCCCUCCUAUACUCGGGAAAGAUGACGAAGGCAAUGAGACCUGGAAUGGCGCAUCAGUGAACGAGAGGCUUUCAGAGUUUAAGGCUCGUUUAGAUUCGGCUUGA